AAGACCGCUACAAAAUGAAAUACACACGUCAGCCUCUUUCACCAUUUGCCGGUGUCUUGCGACAUUCCCAGACUGUGGAGCUGUCAUGUAAAACGUCUGUUUUUUGCUGCUUCAGCUCCAAAAUAAUGUUCAUUACAUAGGCAGAACGUUUCUUCUCGAUGAAAAUUUGCUAUUGGAAGAAGAAUCAACAUGAAACUCAUAAGCAAAGACUUCGAAAAGGAUGGAGCCGGGCAACUCACUCUCAUCCCGGAAAACCCAGAAGACAUGUGGCACGCAUAUAACCUUGUUGCCCCCCGUGACAGCCUACGCUCGACGACGGUACGUAAGGUGACCACCGAGUCCUCCACAGGAAGCAGUACGAGUAACCGGGUCAGGACGACUCUCACUAUCUCGGUGGAAGACAUUGACUUUGAUUCCCAGGCUUGCAUGCUCAGGGUCAAAGGUCGUAAUAUACAGGAAAAUCAGUAUGUCAAGAUGGGAGCCUACCACACUCUGGAUCUAGAGCUCAACAGGAAGUUCACUCUGGCCAAGAAGUCAUGGGACAUAGUGGCCUUGGACAGGAUAGACAUGGCCUGCGACCCCGCCCAGAGUGCAGACGUCGGAGCUGUGGUCAUGCAGGAGGGACUAGCCCACAUUUGUUUGGUCACGCCAAGUAUGACAUUGGUACGGGCCAAGAUAGAACACGGCAUCCCGAGGAAACGGAAAGGCUUCUGUGGGCAGCACGACAAGGGACUCGUCAAGUUCUAUGAUGCUGUCAUGCAAGGCAUACUCAGACAUAUAAACUUUGAUAUUGUCAAAUGUGUCUUAAUCGGGAGCCCUGGCUUUGUUAAGGAUCAGUUUUGUGAAUACAUGUUCCAGCAGGCCGUGAAACAAGAUCUCAAGAUCCUCCUGGAGAACAAAUCCAGAUUCGUUCAGGUCCACACUUCCUCGGGUCACAAACACUCUCUCAAAGAAAUCCUCACUGACUCUGCAGUGACUUCCAAGCUGGCAGACACCAAAGCGUCAGGGGAGGUGAAAGCGUUAGAUACGUUCUAUGCAAUGUUAUCGACAGAGCCAGACAGAGCAUUCUACGGAUUGAAGCAGAUACAGGAAGCCAAUGAAGCUCUUGCUAUAGAAACCCUCCUCAUCAGUGAUGAAUUAUUCAGGUCUUCUGAUGUAAUACAGAGGCGUGUCUAUGUUGACCUAGUAGAGAGUGUAAGAGAUAAUGGAGGCGAUGUCAAAGUCUUUUCUAGUUUGCAUGUCUCAGGAGAACAACUCAAUCAGCUGACUGGUUUGGCUGCCAUCCUGCGAUUUCCAAUGCCUGAUAUAGAAGACGACGACAGCUCCGAUUCAGACAACGAUUGAUGACGACCACUUUAUCGGACUACCGGUAUAAAACUUUUCAUUCACCCACCGGUGACUUAACGAUUUAAAGACACCGUGGGUGCUUAUGCCUGAUGGGUAACGGAUGCAUUUUAUAAACAUCGUCCGGGAAAAGAAAAUUUAAGGUCAACUUACAAUUUGAGAGCCUAUGUGAUAAAUCAAAUUUUCCUGGUCAGUGAAAUGAAAUGUGUCACAUGCAUGCAUACUUAGGGCAAGCCAUAGAGAAGGAAAAGGGCUGCGCCAAGAUGUUCAGCAACUCAUUCACGUCAUUUGGGUUUUCCUGAGAUUGAAUCUUGCAUGGAUUAUAUCAUCUGCAUAGAGCCAGAAAGGUGUUAACUCAUAUACGUUUACUAGAGUUAAUUCUUUUCUCGCUCUCAACAGACACUAUGUCAUGUGUAUGAUGAUUAUAUUCUGUUUAGACUUAAAGGAAAAGACCAGUAUUGGAAACGCCCCAAUUUCAAAAAAUGAAAUGGAAGCUCUCAUUACCAAUCAUGUGAAAGAAUAUGUUUUGAAUAUUA